AUGGUUAUUGUUGCGAAAGAACAAGCUGCACCUACGGAGGUGUACAAAAGAGUACCUGCGAAGACCACCCCAUACUCAGUCUGCAUGGGCUGCAAUGGAUCGAUACAAGGACGUGCGUGUGUACAUCCGGGAAAAGCAACCUGGCACUCAGAUUGCUACGACGAAAACGAAACGCAAAGUGGCAAACAAACCGUUUCAGCAGCAUUUGCAAAGGUUUCCUGA